ACCCAAGAAAGCCAUGAAAAUGCUCCACAAAUCAGCUCAGCAGGAUCACACGAUGAGUACAGGUCAACAUCUAGAGCGACUGUCCAAAAAGGAGGAAGUGGGGAAGCAACUACUGGAUACCACGCUGAGGAUGCUGGUUCUUCAUAUGGAAGCUCAACUCAUAGUACUAUGCAGAGAACCUAUAAGAGUACAGAGAGCGGUGUCUUAGGGAACAACUCAAUGGCGAGACACAGAGUAGGCUCAGAUGUGUAUUCUAGUGGACCAACAGGGGCAGCACAAAAUGUUACUUCUAGUACAACUGCUAGUAAUAGGCAUGGUGGAAGCUCCACUGGAUAUACUACUAGUACCACCAUGGGACAAGGCGGAAGUUAUGGAGGCAACUCUGCUGGGCAUACUGUUAGCUCUACAGUAAGUAACAGGACCCCUUCUGGUACUUCUAGCGGAGUCUCCGGGAGCAAUAGUGGUUCUGGUGUGCAAAGAGGAUCUAUGGCUGGUGGCUCAAGCAAUGCCGCUAGGAGUGGCGGUGGAAGCUACAGUGGUGGAUUCAGUAGCAGGUCAACAGGUGGAUUUUCUAGCAGAAGCUUAGGUGGGCGACAGGGAUACAGCAGUGCUUCUUCAUGUGCGGGUAUUGUUGGUUUUGGUGGAGGAAAUUCAGGUUGUGGACCAAGAGGGGGUUUCAGCUCAGGCUCGCAAGGAGGAGAUAGUAUUUUUCAGACAGGAGAAAAGGAAACCAUGCAGAAUCUAAACAACCGCUUGUCUACCUAUAUGGACAAUGUGAGGGCUUUGGAAGAGUCCAAUUCAGAACUUGAGGCCAAAAUCAGAAACUGGUAUGAAACCCAUAAACCUAAACAGAUCGACAACAGCAAAUACUACAAGAUGAUUGAAGAUCUCAAAGACCAGAUCAUUAAUGCUGCUAAGGAUAACAACCAGCUCACCGUGGAGGUUGACAAUGGCAAGCUGGCAGCUGAUGACUUCAGAGUCAAGUAUGAAAGCGAGUUCAACAUGCGCCAGAGCGUGGAGGCAGACAUUGAAGGACUACGUAAAGUUCUGGAUGACCUGACUCUGGAAAAGGCCAGUCUGGAGAGUCAAGUUGAAAAUCUAACAGAAGAAAUUGCCUUCAACAGGAAGAACCAUGAUGAGGAGAUGAAGGCCUUGCAAGGACAAUCUAGUGACGUUACCGUGCAAGUGGACGCUGCUCCAGGUGUCAACAUCCUUAAAGUCCUUAAUGACAUCAGGUCUCAAUAUGAAGACAUGGCGGAGGAAAACCGCAGAAAGGCAGAAGAAGAAUAUAACCACAAGAUCACUGAACUUAGCAACGAGAUUUAUUAUAGCAGCGCAGAACUGGAGACUGGCAAAUCUGAGCUUGCGGAAUUGAGACGUACUGUGCAGACCAUGGAAAUCGACCUCCAGAGUCAACUUGCUAUGAAAUGUUCCCUGGAGAACGCAUUGGCUGAGACUCAGAGUCGCUACGCACGUCAGCUGGCUCAGAUACAAGAUAUGGUCUCCAACCUGGAGGAGCAACUGGCUCAAGUGCGUGCCGAAAUGGAGAACGAAUCUUGCGAAUACAACCUACUUCUGGACAUCAAGAAUAGGCUGCAGAAUGAGAUAGAGAUGUACCGACGCCUGCUUGAUGGUGAAGGUGGUUCAAGCAGCGGCUCCGGCAGUGCUUCCGGUUCUAGCUCCAGCAAUAACUACAACAGUAGCUCCAGCUCUAGCUCUAACAGUGCCUCCAACAGUGCCUCCAACAGUGGCUUCAGCAGUGGCUCCAGCAGUGGCUUCAACAAUGGCUCCAAUGGGGCAGGCUAUGGUUCAUCCAGCGCCGAUUCAGACUCAAAAAAAAACCGAGUAGUGACCACAAUCACGGAGGAGAGAGUGGACGGGAGACUAGUUUCCACAAAAGUAGACAAGGUCCCCCAGAAGGCAUAAUAAAAAAGGAGUCCGUUGCUAUCUUCCUUUUGCAAGAAAACUAUUCUAGACAUCUUCAACCUUUAUCUUCUGUCAGCAUUUAGUCAGUCUCUCAUUGGGAAUAUCCUAGCUUUUAGACUACUGUUUCUGUACUGUGUUUUGUUAAAAAUGUCAAGAAUGAUAGCCGUAGAUCGUAAAAUGUAAAUUGCGUAAAAGAAACACACCAGGUAAAACUGAUAGACUGUGCUUUGUCUAGUGCAGAACCUCGGGGGCGGAGCAUGAAACAGUAUUUAAAGGAGAGAAUUAUGCUCUGCCCUCUCGGGCCCAGCACAAGGUAUAAUACAGUGCAUCAUUGCUACCCCUAUGGCCUUUUACUUUUCAUUACCAUUCUCCAAACGACUCUAGCAUUCACAGGAACUGCCCAGUUUUCUAUACAAUAUUCUAUAACUCUAUGGUCUUUCUAUGAACUCGAUUUUAUAUCUCUCACUGCUUGUAUUUUUCAUUUCUUUGUUAAUAAACUUGUUUCUGU